AUGGGGAGCGAUGAAGACUAUGAACUUGGUUCAGAAAAUGAGGAGGAUUUAUACGAGAACCUUGAACAGCUGAGGGAGAUGAUAGGCGAUGACGAUCAUCGGGCACGCGUUGGUGACGUUUAUGAUAAAAAUGCUCCAGGAAAGAACGACCAAGACGAAGAGAAUGUGAUUGACAGCGAGUUGAAUCAAAUACAGAUUGAAGGUUCUGCUUUAGUGAGCCCCGAUGACAAGCGAUCCGAUAAAUACGCAUAUCAAGACGAGCUGGAUGAUGACCUGCUGGCGGAAUUUUCUGAUUACGGGGAGUUUUCUGACGAUGACUACGACGAACAAGAUUUCAUGGACGCAAUUAGGGAAGCGAGCAAUUUCAAAAUUAAACGUAAGACAAAGGGCAAAAACCGAAAGGUGGGUGGGACUAGAAGGCCGCAGAAGGCAAGACGAGAACGGGUAUUAGAUCCAGAAGUCAAACAGCUGUUGUCGGAGGCAAACGAGGCUUUUGUCAGGAGCGAUAUUCAAGUCGCAGAACAACUCUACAAUGAGGUCAUAAAAAAAGACGUGAAGAAUUUUGCCGCCUACAAGACACUCGGGGAUAUUUACCAACUGCAAGGUCGGUAUAACGAUUGCUGUAAUUCCUGGUUUCUUGCCGCUCAUUUAAAUCCGUCGGAUUGGGAAUUUUGGAAGGUCGUUGCAACUCUGUCUGCGGAGUUAGGUCACGUACGGCAAGCCAUAUACUGCUACACCCGGGCUAUUCGCAUGAAUAACGAGGAAUGGGAGUGCAUAUAUGGGAGGUCGAUUCUCUACAAACAAACAGGCCAGUUGGGAAGGUCACUGGAAGGCUUUCAAAGACUAUACAAUCACAACCCAUUGGAUGCAAAUAUCUUACGAGAGUUAGCUGUCUUGUACGUUGAGUACAAUAGAACCAAUGAGGCCAUUGGCCUGUACUUGAAGAUUUUUGAGGCGAAUGUAGCAAGGCGUGAAGCGCUGGCUGCAAUAUCAGAAAACGCCAUUGAAUCAUCUGGAGAGGAAACGGGCGAAGAAGACGACGAGGAUUCGCAAGACCAUAAUAGUGGUGAAAUUGACAGCAAUCUCGGCAUCAGUUUGCAAGUGGCAAAAAAGGUCAGAAAAACUAAGAAGAAGUUUCGCUGUAUAGCGUUUGAUUGGUCAUCUUUGAAUAUUCUGGCCGAACUUUACUUGAAACUGAUAGGCGAGAGCAACGGUUUGAAAGUUAUCAAGAAAUGUGCCCGAUGGAUUCAAGACAGAGAGAAUCAAACUUUUUGGAACGAUGUCCCUGACGACUCUGAAUUCGAUAAAAGACGAUUCAAAAACGCCAAGUUUGACGCCUUAACCACACGUGAAAAGGAGAAAGCUUACGUUCUUCCUAUAGAUAUUCGCGUUCGCUUGGGGCUCCUAAGGUUGAAUAACAAGAACGUAUUAGAAGCUAUGAAUCACUUCCAGUUCCUUUAUGAUGAAGUCUUUGAUGAUAUUGCAGAUCUGUAUUUUGUGGUAGCAGGGGCUUUAGCUAAAGCUGAACAGUAUUCUGAAGCUAUUGAGUUUUUCACCCCUUUGUUGCGGCUAGAGGAUUACUGUAUUUUGGACGUUUAUGAGCCUCUAAGCAGAUGCUACAAAGAAAUCGAAGACUAUUCGAAUGCCAAGAAAAUUUUCGAAAAGUUGGUUGAAUUGGAGCCGCAAAAUCUUGAGACAAAGCUGACUCUGGCAGAGAUUCAGUACCAUCUUUCUGACUAUGAUACUUUCAAUCAGUUGCUGUUAGAAGUUGUUGAAGCUCGUAAGGUACAAGCAGCAGAAGCGGGCCAAAUCCCAAAACCAAUUUCGUCAGAAAUUGUGGGAUCUGUCGUUGCUGCGCCGGGGAAGCCUCUCUUAGAAGAUGUUAAUAUGAAGAGGAAUGCAUCAAAAAAGAGGAGAACACCACAGGAUGCUGAAAGAGAGAGACAAGAGCGCGAAAAAAGAAUAACUGCGAAGGUUCUUGAUAAAUAUAACAAGCUCAAAAUCUAUCGGGAAGGAAUGGAAUAUGGACAGGAAAGUCAAACUACUUUGUGGCUAGACACCGCUUCCGAUCUUAUCGAUGUAUUUUCGAGUGUGAAGAACUUCUUCAUUAAAAGUCGUUCCAGGAGGUUUGUCGGUAUAAUAAAGAGAACAAGGAAGUUUAACAAGAUCAUAGAUUACAAAAUUGAGCGUCUGUCCAAGUUAUCUGAGGGUGAAAAUCUGUUGGAUGGAUUGCCUUUGAUGGAAGAACGGGUUACACUAACCUCAGCAGAAGAACUUCGAGGUCUAACCUACGAUCAAUGGUUUGAGCUUUUCAUGGAACUCGCACUUAUGGUCACGAAGUUACAAAGUAUCGAAGAUGGACUGAGUAUCAUAGAUACUGCACAAGAGGUGAACGUUUUUGUGCAAAAUUCCGAUAGGGUUAAAAUGAUGAAAUUUGUCAAAUUGGCAAUAGUUUUACAAACAUCUAACGAAGAGGAAUUGAUCAACAAUUUGCGAGGUGUUCUCAACCUGUUUCAAUUCAAUCGGAAGGUAUAUCAAAGCUUCUUGUUUUGUCUGGCGAAAGGUCAAUUGUCGAUGGACAUUCUGAGCUCCACUGUACAACAAAAGUUCUUUUUGCGUCAAUUGAAAGCUUUUGACAGCCUUAGACUGUCUCAACACGUUUCUGGACAAGCGUCGAUCACCAACAAAAAAGUGCAGAAUCCUAAUAACGAGAAAUCGCCAUAUUUGCAUUACAUAUAUGCCAUUUUGCUCUAUUCCAGCAAGGGGUUUUUGCUUGCAUUACAAUACCUCAGCAGACUCAAAGAACAAGUUCCCCAGGAUCCCAUGAUUGAUUUUAUGAUGGGUUUAGCCCAUCUUCAUCGUUCCAUGCAACGUCUGACGGCAAGCAGGCAUUUUCAAAUUUUACAUGGUUUAAGGUAUCUCUUUGAGUACUACGAACUUCGGACAACCAAGUACUCGGUCUUGGAACAGCAAGAAGCUGACUAUAAUAUUGGUCGCGCGUUCCACCUUCUAGGCCUUUUCUCGCUUGCUGUGCAUUUCUAUCGAAAAGUAUGUGAGGACUAUGAGGACCAAAUGCUCAAGAGACACGCAGCUUAUAAUUGCAUGUUGAUAUAUAAUGAAAGUGGGAAUCACGAGCUUGCUAACUCUGUCAUGGAAAAGUAUCUAACAGUGUAG